CUAGGAUAUGAGGAAGCCGCGAGAAUAUGUGGCCCCAGAGACCAUGUUUGGUGCUUGCACGACAGAGGGGGCUGACUCUGGGAAUCUUUCCCAAGGCGGAUUCCGCAGCUAUACCCGACAGUACAGCCCUGAUGCGACGAUAGUUCUGAUAGGAUUCCCCAGAGCGGGAAAGAGAACACUCGGUAUCAUUGCGUCUGUCAGCCUACGUCGCAGAUUCGUCGACUUUGACGCUGUGUUCAAGGAGCAUUUCGACUUGUCGCCGCAGGAGUAUAUUGCUGCCAAUGGGAUGGCGCAGUACCGCACGGUCGAGGGCCAACUAUCACAGGAGCUACUAUCAAAAUGUGGAAAGGGGUGCGUUAUUGUCGGACUUGGGGGCGUUGCCAGCCAGCAGCAACAAACUUUAUUGCAACAAUUCGCCCAGGACCAUCCGGUGAUAUACAUCAGACGAGCAGACUCUGCAUUACGGCAGCUGGUCACAACCAGUGAGGACAAAUUUGAACGCUACCGGCAAGUCGGAAAGGCAUUCUUCGAAGCCUGUUCAAACUUUGAAUUCUUUAAUCUGGAGGAAUCCCGGCCAUCUACCCGAGUACCCUCAAGCCUGAAGCUGAAAGACACCGAACGGGUCUUUGUACGCUUCCUAAACCGCAUUUUUGGACAUAAUGACAGUCCUCUGUUCUCAUCAGACGCCUUUUCCCCGUCGCAUACUUUUGCACUGCAGAUUCCCGCGCCAUGGCUGGACUCCGACCCCGAUCUAGAAGCCCUAGAUGCAGGGGCGGACGCCAUCAGUCUGGUAGUCGACCUCGACACAGUUGACAAAACUGGGCCGAUACAUCAUCUCGCGCGGUAUGUCGCGAUUCUUCGAAUGAGCUCUCGCAUUCCUAUCGUCAUGGAUAUACGUACCACAGACCAGCACCUAGACUUAUAUACAGACCUCCUGCAAAUGGUUCUCCGUCUGGCGCCAGAUGCUAUAACCUGCUCCAUCAACCAUAACUCUAGCGCCAUUCAAACGUUGAAUAAUAUAAAGGGCCAUACCAAAAAAAUAGCAACCUACCACCAAGCAAUCACCUUGGGAUGGAAAGGUGAACUUCCCGAAAUCGACACCCUCCCUAGAAUGGCCCAGGAGCUAGGCUUCGAGUGCAUCCGCAUAACCGGUGAAUCUGCCCUGUCAGCAGACAACCUUUCCUGCAUUGCUCUGAGGCAGGCCGUACUGCAGAACUCCAGCAUCUCAGUUAUAAUGUACAAUACCGGAAUACUGGGUCGGACGUCCGUCUGCUUGAACCCUAUCUUGUCCCCAGUCAUGAUCCCUGGCUACGACGGACUUGGAGUCACUCUAUCUGAAGCGCAAAAGGCACUUACAGCUUGCUUCCUCAACCCUAAAAAGCAUUUCACCAUAGUUGGUCAAGCCGUCCAGCACAGCCUUUCACCAGCGAUGCACAAUGCAGCGUAUUCAUCCUGCGGACUUCCCCAUGUUUACGAUGCCCUACAAGCAAAUACCCUGUCAGACAUUCGGCCAAUCCUCGAUGACGAAACCUAUGGCGGCAUUGCAGUCUCACUACCCUAUAAAACAGCAGUCCUCGAAUACCUCGACGAAAUCAACCCAGACGCACGAGACAUCAACGCCGUCAACACCGUCGUCCUAGAAAGACAACACCAACCGGACGGCAGUGGAAAGUCAAUCCGCAAAGGCUACAACACUGACUACAUUGGAAUCAGAAACUGCAUCUAUAAUCAUCUCUCACCAGCAAACACCAUCCGAGAGGGCACAACAGCCCUAAUAAUAGGAGCCGGCGGCAUGGCCCGUGCUGCCAUCUAUGCCUGCUACCAGCUCGGCAUUCGUCAGAUCUGCAUCGAUAACAGGACGGUUAACAAUGCACAGAAACUCGCUGCGUAUUAUCACCAGUGGGCCAAGGCUAAAUUCGGCACAGAGUUCCAACUGGAGGUUAUUCGAUCAGUUGAUGACCCCUGGCCUGUGUAUAUGCGUCUUCCAACUAUCGUUAUUUCCUGUCUUCCUGCUCAGAAGAUUGGAAGCGAGUCUCUGAUCGACAUUCGCGUGUCGGAGAAGUGGUUGCAAAGUACGACUGGUGGUGUGUUUCUUGAGGUUGCCUACGGACCGUGUAAAACCCCGUUACUGGAGCAGAUGCUGGAGCAUACAUCAACAGGCUGGGUGGUGGUGGAUGGCCUCAACUUGCUAGUUGAACAGGGCAUUGCGCAGUAUGAACUCUUUACGAAACGGCCAGCGCCAGUGCAUGUAAUGCGGAAGGUUAUUCAGGAGGAAGCUGCUAAGCAUGGAUACUUCCAUCAAUAGAAAUAAUCCAUCCAAUAACUUGAAAUGCAAUGAUAAUCAUGAUCGGACA